AUGUUAACACUUGAGUAAAUAACAGUUUAUCCUUGAUAAGGCGCACUAGUUGACGGUGAUCGUUGUGGUGCGAUGUUUUGGUGGCAUUUUCUGUUAGUUUUUCUGGCACCAUCAGGAAAUCUCGCCAGUGAUAUUUUUCCUGACAUCACAUUAGAAGAAUGUGCCGUAACAAAGGGUUGUCUUAGACCUGCCAUGUGCACAGAGUCGUCAUGUGCAUUUCUUGUUACUUGGAAGUUGGUGUCUGUGAAUUCUGAGAACUAUGUGGAAUUUGAACUAAGAGGAAAUGUCCAAAAAUCUACAGGAUUUAUGACACUGGCCUUUUCCAAGGACCAAAGAGUUACUUUAACAGUCAGUCAGUCAGUGAGCGAGCGAGCGUAUCGUGAGUACAAAUCAACGUUUUGAUGUUAUCGCAGAUUAACUAAAUUUUGGUCAAUUUAAUUACACCUAAUCAUCACUUAUUGGUGUGCAUGAAAAUAGCUAUUAUUCGUGAGCACAGUUUGGGGGAUGAUGGUGUUGUUGGGUGUUAUUAUCAAUCAUCAACAAACUCUGUGAACAUGCGAGCUGGUUACAAUGACAUAACUGGAAAGACAACAAAUUUCUAUACUGGACCUGAUGAGGAUCUGUUGAUAACCGAAGGUGAAGAUCUAGGCGGUGUAUUCAACGCUAUGGAUGGCACUUUACAAUGUCGUUUUAGACGACGCGUAAGACCGUUGGAUACAGUUCAUCAACUUAUGGAUUUAACAUCACCUAACGCCUAUCAUUUAAUUGUUACACGUGGUGAUGAACGCAAAAAAGACGGAUUCGGUCGUCCUUUCGCGGGUGGAGAAUCUAUUUCACAACGUCCAGUUGUGAUCACAUCACCUAUUUACGGAAGCAUGACUGGUGUAGCUGGUCGCGGAUCGUCAAUAGCUAAAACUCAUGGCUGUCUUAUGGUAUUAGCCUGGGUACUGUGUGCCAGUAUUGGUAUUAUACUAGCACGUUAUUAUAAAGAUGUUUGGCCUAAUUCUGGCCUAUUAGGUGAACGUGUCUGGUUUCAAUCGCAUCGCAUAUUACAAGGCAUAUGUGUUGGCUUGACGUGUAUCAGUAUAAUAUUGAUUUUUAUUUAUUGCGAAGGUUAUUCCCAAGCAACUGCCUAUCCCUACUACAUACAUCCAAUUCUUGGUUUGAUUGUUUUCUCCUUGGCGUUGAUCAAUCCAUUUAUCGCUUUAUGCCGAUGCAAUCCAGCUCAUGAAUACAGACCAUGGUUCAAUUGGAUACACUUUUUCAUCGGCACUUUUGCCUAUGUUUUGUCUGUACCAACAAUGAUGUUAGGCUUACGUAUGCCUGCUGCUGGCCUUCAACUACAAUUUAUUAAUUAUCCCUUGUGGAUUUUAAUAUUCUUUGUUAUAUUUCAAUUUAUUAUUGAAAUUGUUCUGGAGAUACACGGAUGUUUCUAUUAUCGUCGAAAUAAGAAUAAACGUCGUACAUAUAUGGUUGAAAUUGAUCAGUAUCAAGCUGCUAAACGUUUGAAUAAUGCACGUCAACCACGUCCUCCGGAACCAGAACCUUCUGGUCGUAUGUUCAAAUACUUCAUAAUCGGUCUUCAUGCUACAGUUUGUGCAAUUGUCGCUGUCAUCUUGAUCAUAAUCAUAGCAGUUAACUAAAGGAAUUAAUUUAUGCUUCACUUGUAGACUACUUAGUUAUUUUAUCAGUAGUCUAUGGAAAUACUUCAAAAAUACAAACAUACACCAAAUGCGUAUACAUUGUGUUCAAACUAAUGUAAAUGUGCCUUAAACAUCUGGUUGACUGAAUACACACAAGUACCUGCAUAGAAUACAAUGCAUGCAGUCAAAGAUUCUAUAGACAACAUAUUCGUUCGCUGUCUUUUCUUUUUAACAAAAAUCGCUUUUUAUCUAUUGCUGUUACACAGACACACACACAUUAUUUAUGUUUGCAUGCAAUCGUCGAUCUCUGUAGCCCUAUUCUAUUUAUACACAUACAUUUACAGAAUUUGUUCUCCUUGUCACUAGGUAUAUAAAUUUCGUUUUGAAGGCUGCCUCAAGGGGCUCUUUGUUUACACUAUAUUUAUGAAUUAUAACCGAUACUUCAAAUGAUACAAGAAGAGACCAUGGUUCAUGAAUUCAUCACAAAUAUUUUUAUUAUAACUAUCGAUGGUUCAAUAAAGUUUAUGCAAACAGUAUACACACAUACAUAUACACAUAUGAGAUAAUGCGUUUCUUUUCUUUAGAGGAAUAAAGACUUCUCCCGUUUGGGCACCUUUUUCACACAGACACUGCUUACCUUGGUAAAGAGCUUUUUUACGCGGCAAUUUCAAAGAAAUAACAGAUUUUGGUACACACCUACACAGAUCGUUUUUUCCGCCAACUAUCAGAUCUCGUCCUAUGUGCAACAACACACUGUGUGUCCGUGUGUGUAGGCAUAAAACUAUUGUACUCAUCUUCUUGACUGUUAUUAUGUUGGCGUUACCGGAGAUUCAUUGUUAUUGUUUUAAUCAACCGGGUUAUGAAGGCGACCGCCUCAAUCUGGAGCAGUCUCGUUCAUUGAAAAUCACUCCCUUUUUUUCAAAAUCACGUCAGCCAUUUAUUACUUCCAUUGUCAGUCUGUUAGUUCGACGUGUUUUUGUUUUUAAGGUGAAGUGGUUUUAAUCGGCCAUGAUGUCUUCCAUCAGUGAAUUUUGUGAUUUUCUUGUACGACGUCUUUUUAUCAUUGUUGUUUUUAAAAACGUUUUACUUCUCUUUAAUUUUUUUUUUUUAUUCUUACCUAUUUAUCUGCUAUUUACACACUGACCGAUGUUCAUCUAUUCAACAUGCAGAGAAAGAUUGUUCAUCUCUGCUUAUUUAAACCACUUGUCUUCUUUUUAUUCACUCACCUAUACUCGUCAUUGGUUUAUUCAUAUAAUAUUGAUUAAUUAGUCUUUAUCAGCGCUAGACAAUAACAAAAAAAGGCAACAAAUAUUUCA